AUGUCAGAUAACGAGAAAACCAUAUGGUCAAAGUUUAUUUCGGUUCUACGGGGUUUCUCAUUUUCACAAGAACUAGGUAUUGAGAAGAAAGAUAAAGUUGGAAACGAAAAAAUUGUAGAUCGAUUUACUCCAAACUGUGGCUGGCGACGACUGAAAGGAAUAUACACUGAUGGAGGUGUGCAUUUUGAAACGGGUAUCUUGCUACCAUGUAUGGAAUGGUCAUUCAUAAGUGCAGUACUAAUUACCGCUCCCAGAGGAUGGCAAGAAGCUGCUGAACGCUAUAAUCGGUAUUCAAAGGGACGAAUAUUUCUAAAUUCUCAUGAUGCACUAAGACGUAAAUGGGAUUAUGCAUUUGUAUCUUUUCUACGCAGAGGUGGAAUAUUCGGGAGUUUAGCAGCAUUAUAUGUAGGGUGUAUAGUUGGAAGCAUCACGCAUGUAACGGCUUGGCGUGACCAUUUUUCACUUUGGACUGUUCCUAUCAUAACAACAUCAUUACCCUGUGUAUUUGCAUAUCCAUUUGGUUUGUCAAAAAUGUUGCAAACAGGUACUCUUGGAUUAACUUGUGGGUUGACAGUGUCCUUAAUUGUGUACUGUGCAUCACAUUUUUGUAAUCAAACGGUGAAUGAUACAUACCAGAAGUUCAAAAAUGACUAUGAGGUAAUGUUAAUGAAUAAACGCGAUGAAGACAAAAAUAUUUCUAUUUAUCAAAAGGAACACAAAAUUUGGUUCAGAAAUUUGGCAAGGUUUCAAAUAGAGCGGGAAAAGCAUCUUAAAAAAGACGAAAUAUCCGCAAAGUCUUCUGAGUAA